AUGACCAGUUGCAUCUUAAAGAGACUGAUGACAAGAAUCACUGUCCACCCUGGCAACGAGGUCAGGUGCAGACAUGCAGAGGAGAACUUGGAGAAGCCCCAGAAACUGUGGUCAGGAGACUGCAGGGCCUCCAGGUGCACAGCAGUGAAGGACAGCUUUUAUUUAACUCCUCUAGACUUUGAAAGCACCUCGAAGAUUAUUUCCCUGAGAAUUCAGGGUGAGUCCCUGGGUCACGUUGGUGCCAAGGAUCUGUGGACUUGCCCAGAGCUCAGCCCUGGCCAGGUUCCAUUUCAGAGACAGAUAAUCCCAGGAAGUCUUCCUCCAUCAUUGUACCACCAAGAGGUGACAUCUGCAGACAUCUGGAGACAGAUGAGGAAGGUGAAGAAAGCCAGGAAGAGGCUGGUUGAGGCCUUGAAGGCAGACAGCCUGUCCAGGGAGGCAGAGUGA